AUGAAAUAUAUAAAUAUUCUUGUAUUUUUGUUAUUGUGUGUUACUUUUGUAAAAUCGAGUGAUUUAGAAUCAAGAAAAGUUCACUUGGUCGAUUACUACCAACUUCCAAAUGGAAAUACCAACUAUUUUUUUAGAGGAAACGAACCAAAAAAAACCCUAUCAAAUGGUAUUAAUAAAUCAAAUUAUAGUACUGCAAUUUUAGCAUAUGAUGAUUUAGUAGAAUAUAUGAGAAAUAAUUCACAAACAGUUUAUGGCAUCACAUUACCAGAUCAAUUUUAUAUAAUAGAUAUUAAAUUAGUAACAGGUCCAUUACCAUCAGAAUUAAAAGAUGUUGAACUCGAACAAAACUUUUUUGCAGCAGAACCACAACUUGGAGAAUUUCAUAUGAACCAAACUUUUGGUGAUAUUAUUGACCCACAAUUUGUUAGCAAAGAUAAUCUUGAGAAAUAUGCUACUUCUCUUCCAACUUGGUCAAAGGAUAACCUUCCACUAAGAAUGAGAGAUUAUCAUAAUAUACUUAUAACUCAAAGAGAUUUACCAGUAGUUUUAUAUGUCCAUUGUGAAUGUGGUUGUGAUAGAACCGGUGAAGUAAUGGCCUCAUAUGUUAUGAGAUUCAAAGGUUGGAAUUUAGAAAAGGCAUUGGAAUGGGAUUUCCAAAUCGCUGGUAGAGUUAUCAAUUUUGCAAAUAGAUGGGCUGCUCAAUGGUAUUGCUUAUAUUUAUAUUAUGUAGAGAAGUUUGAUAUUGAUUGUAAUCCACCACCAUUGUAA